GUUCUCAAUACAGUAUCUUCGAUAAUUGAACAUCAAAACCCCCAAAGCUAUCCACCCCACUCCAUCUCCCCAAAAACCCUAAACCCCCGUUUCUCCAUUUCAUCAAUGGCGGCCGCACUCGCUCGUUCAAUCAUGACCGUCCGAUCAAUCUCCAUCUCCUCCUCCGUAUUCUUCCCCAAACGCUUCUUCUCCAUCUCCUCCACCAUCUCCAAACCUCCCCCACUCGCCGGAUUCACUCGCCCGGCGCGUUCCGCAAUCACGCUCACUCACUCGCUCAAAGUCUACUCUCCCAGCGCCGUACGAAUCAAUCAGGUCCGGUGCAGAGUCAAUCGUUCCGGCGGGGCCUACUCGCCGCUCAACUCCGGGAGCAAUUACAGUGACCGGCCGCCGACGGAGAUGGCGCCGUUGUUCCCAGGGUGUGAUUAUGAGCAUUGGUUGAUUGUGAUGGAUAAGCCUGGCGGAGAGAAUGCGACUAAGGAUGAGAUGAUUAGGUGUUAUAUCGAAACCCUUGCUAAAGUUCUCGGAAGUGAGGAAGAAGCGAAGAAGAAGAUCUACAAUGUGUCCUGUGAGAGGUACUUUGGGUUUGGAUGUGAGAUUGACGAGGAGACGUCAAAUAAGCUUGAAGGUUUGCCUGGCGUUCUUUUUGUCCUUCCUGAUUCUUAUGUUGAUGCCGAGAACAAGGAUUAUGGAGCUGAGCUCCUGGUAAACGGCGAGAUUGUCAAAAGAUCUCCUGAGAGAGAACGCAGAGUGCAGCCAGUGCCUCAGAGAGCUCAGGACAGACCAAGAUACAAUGAUCGCACCCGCUAUAAUAACCGACGCCAGAACAUGCGGUAAGUGGUGGUGAAACUGUUGAUAGCUGCGCAUCUGAAAGCAGACUUAGUUUUAUGGUAGAUCAUGUAAGAAACGUUUUAUCGGGAAUCACUUGUAUCUAGAUGUCACGUUGAAGAAUUGUUGUGCACCUCUUAUUUUAUUAGGUUGUGAUGAUAAAUUGAAUGAAGUUGAGAUUGGUUAAUUAAAUUGUUGUGGUUUGGGUC